UCUUCCGGUACAUAUUUACUUGCCGGAGAUGGAAGUUUCGUGAUAGACGUGAGAAGGGCUGAGCCAGUAGUGGUCGCCUCGUCUUUUGGCGAUACAUUUGGUGGGUUCCCUUCAUGUCAAUGUGUUGUACGUGUGAUCAUCUUUACUAGAGCUUAAGUUUGAGUCUUGUGGUGUCAUAGUGGUGCCGAUGUAUUGCUCCCAAGCAAUAUUCGGUGACGCCGCUUUGGUCGUGAACGCCAGAAAGUGUCCAAUCGGAGCUGGUGUGAAGCUGGUGCGAGCCUCUCAUCUGCCUAGGUUGAAGAAGCGAUCUCUUGGGUCAGUGUCAGAUUGGGACGGCAUCAGGAGCAUCCAGCGCAUGUCGGCACCUACCACGAUGGGGAGUUGUGAUCGUCCCAGAAACUGUCUACUUGGAGUGACGCUCCGACAUUUCACAGCCGAGGAUAUGAAACUUAGUCUAAAGUGGUUUGGAGACGAUGAGGUGACCGUGACAACCCCAAAUGACUCUUUCCAGUCGGAAGGAGAAGCCCAACGGUACUUCGCAACCAACAUUGCGGGACACCCCUGGUACCGUCUGAUUUGUGUCGACGGAGAACCGGCAGGCGCAAUAUAUCUGACUCUUAAUAAAGGGGCCCACCGCGUCCGUGGAGAUGUCAGCUACAUUCUUGCCAAGGAGUAUUGGGGCAAGGGCGUCAUGACCGAGGCAAAUGCGCUUGCUGUGAAGGCCGGGUUUACAGAAUUUGGGCUCCACCGUAUCCAGGCCUACACGCUGCCGACCAACAUUGGAUCGCAACGGGUUCUGGAGAAGUGUGGGUUUCAACGAGAAGGUUUGCUGCGCAAUUUUGUCAGGUUGAGAGGCAAGCUCAGCGAUGUAUUCGUCUUUGCAAUCUGCAGGGAUGACCAGAAUGUCGACGAAUCGGGGCAGUAGCAAACCAGUAAAACGAAAUUAGCUCAAUACCCUUGCUGAGACACUUCUGCACAGCUGGAUACAUGGUAUUGAAAUCUAAUUUGAACUGACUCAGUCAUCCUCCAUCCAUUUAUUUAUGGUAUGCUCACUUGAUGAGUGAUUUUCACACUUGCA